UAAUUUCUUCAGUUGUGCCCUUUUGUCUGUGCGGCAUAAAUCAGAAGCGUUGGAGGAAGGCCUAAAGACAAAGAGAAAUAUGGCAGAUCUAUGUGCCUUCCUCUUUCCCCCUUCAACAUUUGCAUUUGGUAUGUUCAAAACACAGACGAUAGUGGGAAUCUAUUUGAUAUUGUAUUUCUUUGACAAAUGGAUGGAUUCAUUACAAUAAUACAAUGGAUGGAUGGAUGAAUUUUAUCAAUCAAUUUUCAGAUAACUUUAAAAUCUAAAUCACUGCUAUUCGUGUUAAAAUUGUUAUUUCGCAGGAUCACACCGUAAAGCCAUGGUCACUAAUUCAGAUCUUCUGAUCGUUAUUUGAUCUAACAGGGCGUAACAUUUAACGAUGAAGGAUAUCUACAAGUCUGACGAACUCACCAUCCCCGAAGGUGUCAAGGUCUCUAUCAAGUCCCGUAUUGUUACCGUUGAAGGUCCUCGUGGUACUCUCACCAAGAACCUUCGUCACUUGAACAUUGAAAUCACCGUCGUUGGUCAAAAGAUCCGCUUCGUUGUUCACCACGGUCUCCGUAAGCACGUUGCCUGUAUCCGUACCGUUCGCUCUUUGGUCAACAACAUGAUCGUUGGCGUCACCAAGGGUUUCGAAUACAAGAUGCGUUAUGUCUAUGCACAUUUCCCCAUCAACGUUAUUAUCAAUGACGCUGCUGAUGCUGUCGAAAUCCGUAACUUCUUGGGUCAAAAGGUUGCUUUCCACGUCAAGAUGCGUGAAGGUGUUACCGUUGCCUCCUCCAAGUCUCAAAAGGAUGAACUUAUCUUGACCGGUAACUCCCUCGAAGCCGUCUCUCAAUCCGCUGCUGAUAUCCAACAAUCCUGUCUCGUCAAGAACAAGGAUAUCCGUAAAUUCUUGGAUGGUAUCUACGUUUCUGAACGUAAUGUUAUGGAAACCGCUUAAAUUAUCUCACAAUAAAUAAAACAAGUGAAGAUCCUUUUUCAGGGUCUCUUUACUUUUUUUUGAUGUGAAAUGGAAGUUGUGUUGUAGCUCACGGUGCUGAUUGUUGCAGUUUUUAAAAAGAUAAAAAAAGAUAAUGUUUUUCAGUAGCUUACAAUUAUUCACAAAAGAUCGACAGUUUGUUUCUUAAACUGGCAUGAAUUGAAG